GUUCUCCAUUAUUAUUCGCGACAAUCCCAUGCGUCGUCGAACUGUUGUACACGUCGUCUCUGGAGUGCCUUGGGACCUACCUUGCACAGGGGAUUUCAAAGUGAGGGGCCGGCUGGUGUCCGGCCUGCCCAUCUACAUACACAGACCAUACUCAUCCAUCUGUCUGUUCUUUCUUCGUGCCCCCAAGGAGUAAAUUAGAAACAUAUAUUGUUCUGGACGUUGCCACUGAUAACACCUUGCCUCUAUCCGCACACAUUGACGUUCAACUCUUCUGGCUCUCCUCCGCGAAGAACGAAAUGUUUGGAAGUGAAAAGAAUGCACGUAGCCAGCUCUCUGCCUGGUGGAAAGAAAGCUCGGUUUAUCAAGUCUACCCGGCCUCUUUCCAAGACUCGACCGGCACGGGUGUCGGUGAUCUGAAGGGCAUCAUCUCGCGGGUGGACUACCUCCACUCUCUCGGUGUGGACAUUGUCUGGCUUUGUCCCAUUUUCGAGAGCCCUCAGAUCGACAUGGGCUAUGAUAUUAGCAACUACCGUGUCGUAGAUCCUCGGUAUGGUAGCAUCGACGACGUCGACGACCUCAUGAAAAAGCUCCAAGAGCGCGGCAUGAGACUCGUCCUCGACCUCGUCGUCAACCACACUAGCGACCAGCACGAAUGGUUCAAGCAGUCCCGCAGCUCCAAGGACAACCCUUACCGUGACUGCGCGUGGGAAUGGGACGAAGCGACGGGAGAAUACUACCUCCACCUCUUCUGCCGAGAGCAGCCCGACCUCAACUGGGAAAACCCGGCCGUCCGCGCUGCCGUCCGCGACAUCAUGCACUUCUGGCUGGCUCGCGGAAUCGACGGCUUCCGUCUGGACGUCAUCAACUUUAUCAGCAAGGACCAGGGCUUCCCCGACUCGCAGGCUGCCGUCCACAAAGGCGCCGAGUACUAUGCCGCGGGGCCCCGUCUUCACGAGUUCCUGGGUGAAAUCGGCGCCGUGUUGAAGACGUACGAUGCUUUCAGCGUGGGGGAGAUGCUCUGUGUUUAUGACCUGGACGAGAUCAUCAAGAGCGUCCGCGCUGACCGGGGGGAGUUGAGUAUGAUUUUCCACUUUGAAUGCAUGGAUCUCGACCACGGCCCCGAAGGAAAGUUUUCCCCGCGUCAAUGGACCCUCGCCGAGUUCAAGGAAACUAUCUACAAAUGGCAGCGCUUCAUGUACGACAACGACGGUUGGAACGCCCUCUACCUCGAGAACCACGACCAACCCCGUGCCGUGAGCCGUUUCGCAAGCGACGAGCCCAUCCACCGCGCCAACAGCGCCAAGCUACUCGCCAUGAUCCAGGGCUUCCAGGCGGGGACGCCCUUCAUCUACCAGGGCCAAGAGCUCGGCAUGCACAACGUCCCUGAAGAGUGGCCUAUGGAGGAGUAUAAGGAUAUCGACUGCCUGAGUCACUGGAACCUACGGAAAGACAACCCCGACGAAGGGCUCAAAACCCUCCUCCGCGCCGAAUACCGCAAGAAAUCGCGCGACAACGCCCGCACCCCGAUGCAGUGGACCGCCGGCCCCCACGCGGGCUUCGCCCUUGCCUCCUCCACCCCCCCCUGGAUGAAAGCGCACCCGAACCACGUAGAGAUCAACGCCGAAGCCCAGACCGCCGACCCCGACUCUGCGUUCCAUUGCUGGCGCGCCGUCCUCGCCGCCCGGAAGAACCACCGCGACAUCUUCGUCUAUGGAGAUUUCGACCUUUUCGACGCCUCGCACGACGAGGUAUUCGCCUACGUACGGCGCGCUCCCGGAACCGAGACAGGGCUGCCCGGACGUCGCGUGGCGCUUGUGGCCGGCAACUUCUCGGACCAGACGGUGGGGUGGCAAGCCAUGAAGGGGAUGGCUGUGCGGGAAGUGCUCGUGAGCAGUGGCGGGAAGCGGGUGGAUGAUUUCGCUCGAGACACGACCACUCUGGGCCCUUACGAGGGCUUCGCUGUCCUUCUGGAGUGAAGGGGCGGACGACGUGAGGCGGCUGUGGGCUGGAAGGAAAGCCAGCCCGGUGGAGAAUGGAAGCUGAAGAGCGAGAAGUUCCUACCUUUGGAUGCAGAGCACAAAGAGAGAUGACCUUCUCUUAAUUGCAGGGUCAUCUAAUGAUGUGAUGGUAUCCCGCCGCAUUACAUAGCCUUGGUCAUGAUAAAAUAUGAGUAAUUGCCUCGUUGGGCAGACAGCCCUCGAGAGAUCAAUAGAUUGAGAAAGUCAGUUGUACAUAUGCCACAC